CAGAUUGCUAUAGUCUGUUCUAUUCCAUGCUAUUUCCUGCUGCUGCUGGGGGAUAAAGGAUCCCAGUCUUCUCCUUCCCCUUCGUGGGGAGCUGGAUUUACACUGGGGGUGGGGGAAAUCCUGAGCCCCUAACCUGCCCUGGACUCAAGGGACUGGACCCCAGCAUCCUCCCUUGGGGGUGUUUUUUUUCCCCCGGUGUUGAUGACCCCCAUGCCCUCAAACUCCGUUCAGGGGGCUGUUCUCACGAGCCGGAGAUCCCGUUCCCGGGGUGCGGGCGGGCUGGGGAGGAGGUGGAGGGGAAGGAGUCGCGGGGAGUCCUGUAUCCUGGAUUGCAAUCGUUCUAGGAAAGGUCCUUCCCUCCUUUGGGGUUUGUGCUGCUGCCUUUUUACCACCAAAGACUCCGGAUCCUGGCCUCUGUGACUCCUCUACAAGAAGACAGGAGGGUUUUGAUUGAUCGUUUGGUUUUUGGGAUCGCUAUGGAGCUGGAGAAUAUUGUGGCCAACACAGUCCUGCUGAAAGCCAGAGAAGGAGGUGGAGGGAAGCGGAAAGGGAGGAGUAAGAAAUGGAAAGAGAUCCUCAGAUUCCCACACAUCAGCCAGUGUGACGACCUUCGGAAAGGCCUGGACAGGGACUACAGCAGCCUGUGUGACAAGCAGCCCAUCGGCCGGCUGCUCUUCCGUCAGUUCUGCGAGAGGCGGCCAGAGCUGCAGCGCUGCAUCCACUUCCUGGAUGCUGUGAUCGAUUACGAGCUCUCCCCGGAUGAGCGGCGCAAGGAGAUGGGCGACGAGAUCAUCCGAAGGUUCUUUAAAAGCGAGUCUUCAGACUACAUGCCGGAAAUCAGCCAGGCCCUCAUGAACCAGUGCAUGGAGAACCUGCAGAAAAGUGCCUGUAAAGACCUCUUCAGCAGCUGUCUGCACCCUAUGCAUGAGUACCUGAGCGGCGCGCCCUUCGCCGACUAUCGGGACAGCAUGUAUUUCGACCGGUUCCUGCAGUGGAAGUACUUGGAAAGGCAGUCGGUGACCAAGGACACCUUCCGGCAGUACCGGAUCCUGGGCAAGGGGGGCUUUGGAGAGGUCUGUGCCUGCCAGGUACGAGCAACAGGCAAGAUGUACGCCUGCAAGAAGCUGGAGAAGAAGCGGAUCAAGAAGCGGAAAGGGGAGGCCAUGGCCCUGAACGAGAAGCAGAUCCUGGAGAAAGUCAACAGCAGGUUUGUGGUCAGUCUGGCCUACGCCUACGAGACGAAGGACGCGCUCUGCCUGGUGCUGACCAUCAUGAACGGGGGCGACCUCAAGUUCCACAUCUACAACAUGGGCAACCCCGGCUUCGAGGAUGAACGUGUCAUCUUCUACGCCGCCGAGAUCUGCUGCGGGCUGCAGCACCUGCACCAGGAGGGCAUUGUCUACAGGGAUCUGAAGCCAGAGAACAUCCUGCUGGAUGAUGACGGACACAUCCGGAUCUCGGACCUGGGGCUGGCCAUUAAGAUUCCGGAGGGCGAGAUGAUCCGUGGCCGCGUCGGGACCGUCGGCUACAUGGCUCCGGAGGUGAUUAACAACGAGCGCUACACCUUCAGCCCAGACUGGUGGGGGCUGGGCUGCCUGAUCUACGAGAUGAUCGAGGGGCAGUCGCCGUUCCGCGCCCGCAAGGAGAGGGUGAAGCGGGAGGAGGUGGAGAAGCGGGUGCAGGAGGAGCAGGAGCUGUAUUCCGACAAAUUCACCGAGGGCACCAAGGCCAUCUGCAAGAUGCUCCUGACCAAGGACCCGAAGCAGCGACUGGGCUGCGGGGAGGACGGGGCCGCCCAGGUGAAGCAGCAUCCAUUCUUCAGGGCCAUCAACUUCAAGCGCCUGGAGGCCGGGGUCAUAAAGCCGUCGUUUGUGCCAGAUCCUCGGGCCGUGUACUGCAAGGACGUGCUGGACAUCGAGCAGUUCUCCACCGUCAAGGGCGUCAACCUGGACCAAACGGACAGUGAUUUCUAUGCCAAAUUCACCACGGGCAGCGUCUCCAUCCCCUGGCAGAAUGAGAUGAUAGAGACCGAGUGCUUUAAAGAUCUGAAUGUGUUUGGACCAAAUGGGAUGCGCUCCCCGGAUCUGGACUGGAAGCAGCUCCCCGAGCCGCCCAAGCGCAGCCUGCUUCAGCGGCUCUUCCGGCGGCACCCGGCUGACUACACCAUCAGCACCAACACACACUCCAACCUCACAGCGGGCGUGAACUCGCAUCCUCCCACGGCCAACUCCGUCUGCCAAGGCCGGGCCAUGGCACAGGCGCCUUCCUGACCCUCCCUUCUACCAUGGAGACCCUGCUCCGUUAGAGCCAGCAUGGGCAGGCCCGGAGCUCGCCCGUGGAGCUACCCUCCUUGCCUUCUCAGGAUUACCGUGGAUGUGAAGCUGAGGCUGUUGGAGCCAGAGCUGGGGUGAGGGGGCUGUUCCAUCACCCUGCCCUGCUGGGCUGAGUCACUCAUGGAGACCGAGUGGGAAGAUGCAGCCCCCGCGCAGGACCAUGUGCCAAAUACUCUCGCUGCACCUCAUCCCAUCCGCUUGCCUCUGGGUACCGCCACCAGAGCUGGCUCAGUCCUCCCGGAGGCGCAUCGCGCUGGCACAGCCGCAUGCUAGACACAGACUGCGCAAGGGAGUGUGUGUGUGUGUGUGCGCGAGAGGGUGGAGUCGGCGUUCAUUGGCACCAAUAGCUUCCUUGCCGUGCUCACUGGGGUGGCCUCCCACUCUGCCGCCGUGGUUCCUGCUGCGAACCCUGCCCUGGGAGGUACUGUCGGCAUUGUGCCCACCCUGCAUCUGUCAGGAGAAGGGUGCUCCCUGCUGGUGUCACCCCGCUGUCUGCGGGGUUUGGGAGAGAGGGGAGGGGUGGGGCUCACAGCCCGGGUGGGAGCCCCUAGCUGCUCAGGCUGAACAGGGGCCAGCCAUAGCCAGCUGGCUGCAGAGACCAGGGGGCAGGUGUGCAGUGUGUCUUGUAGCUGCUUGGCCCCUUUCAGUCCAGGCAGGAUCUUUCCUGUUCUAGCACCGCCCCCCCCCCACCAGCACCGAUAGAGGGGCUCAGCCAGCCGUGUCCUGCCAGCGCAGGGGAAUCCGGAGUUAUGGUUUGCUAAAGAAGGGCAAAAAUGUCUGAACUGAAGGUGGAGCUCGUGUGACUGAACUCUCCACCUUGCUGCUCCCCUCUGGCGGGGCUGUGGGUCAGGAUUGAGGGGCACCAGUAGAGCUCUGGGCUGGGGGGGUCCCAGGGCUGGGAUGAGGGGGGGCUGUGGGUCAGGACUGAAGGGCACCAGCAGGGUUGGGGGAGCCCAGGCCAGGGGAGCAAGGAGACUCUGUUUGAGUGGGGUAGGACCCAGGGGUCCUUUAAUUUGGGGUCACGAAGGCCAUCAGUCAGUUGCACCCACGUCUCCUUGUUGGAGAGAAUUGGUGAAGGGAGCAAUGACCAAACUCGGGCUCUGAGCAGGGGAGUGAAGAGAUUUCCAAGGAACCACCCCCAAGCUGAGCUGCUGAAUGCGCACACAGCAUUCGCUCAGACUUCGGCGUGACUCCGAUGUCUUACACAGCCCUGGGUGCCUCUUUGCUCUCCUGCUGAGGCCAGAGUAAAGACCCUCUGUCUUCGCCCAGUGGCUGGUGUCCCGACCCCCUAUGGCUGGGUAGGGAAGGAAGCUCCUAGCUCUGCCUGGUGCUAGCGAUGUCAUGAGCUGCGGUAGGGGAAACACCUUUCAAUUCCUCUUUAUGUGAAACAAUUCCUUCCUCUCACCCCCCGGGUCAGUAGUUGCCAAAGGGGCUCCUCUCUCGAGACUGGCCCUUGAGGCUGUGUUGUCCCAGGAGCCGGGGCUGGCAAUAAGACUCCUGAGCCAUGCCAGAUCUGCCAGGCUGAGAGCAGCAGACUCGCUGCGCUUUGUGGCUUCGCCCCGAUUCCAAGUCCAAUGCACAAAUCUCCUUCUGUUCUCCAGCCUCACCACUCCUCGGGGAGCUCGAUGGCGGGAGUGGGCCAUGGGGUCCGGCGGGGCACGUAGCCGGCUCUUCCAGCCCCAGCCGCUGGCUCUCGAGGGAGCUGCGCGUUCUGCCCGGCCACUUGGCUCAUCGGAAUCCAAACAAGACGCUCCAUGGGGACAAUCUGCCCCAGGGGACUCGUGUCCCAAGAGAGGGGCUCUCUGAUGGGAGAACCAAGGUUAAAGGCAGGCUGUGCUGUGCAGUCCCACUCGAGCUCUCCCUCUCUUCAUGCCUAGAGCAGCAGGUAAAGCUGGCCCCUGCCAUGGUCCUCUAGGACUGACCAGAGCGAACCUUGUGAGCGGUGCCCCAAAGAUUAGCCAUUUCUGUCCGACUGAAACCCGCCCCCUAUGGUAAGAAAGGAUAUUACAGCCUUAUGCCCCUCCUCUCUCUCAGCUGGAGCAUGAGCCAUGCCUGUGGUGACCUCAGCAGGUCCCGCAUUCGAAUUACUUCCAGCGUGAGCAUGUCUCCUCUGGGGAGUGGGAAUCUCUGGGAGCACAGUGGGGUGAUGGGGUUUCAGGCCUGGCUGGACUCCUGAUUGCUUGGUGGUUGUGCGGGAGGAAUCUUCACCUCCCCAGUCCGGUUUGCGCUGGUGGAACUGGGAGCUGAGUUCCUGCUGGUGGCAGCUGCAGUGCAGGCUGGGCUGGGGCCCGUCUCUCACCCGGCUUUGAGCCUGGCCCGCACGAUAGCUCUUGCCAGCGGGGCUGCGGCACUGAUGACUGGUGGGUCCCAUCUUUGCCAGUGCAGACAGAGCUGUCAGUGCUCUGGGGGUCAUGCUGGGUUGUAAAGUAAGGAAAAGCCAGUGCUGGUGAAAUGUCGGGUGAUGGCGCAUGGGGGAGGCUGCUCCCCAGGAGCAUUGCUGGAGCUGAGCAGUUGGGGUCUGGAUUUGGUCUCUGGAAGUGUCUGUGUCCCAGCCAUUGGCUUGGCUGGACUGGCAUGGACCUCGCUUUGCCCUGGUCUUGGCAACCUGCUUGGCUAGAAGCGCAAACAGGUCAGGGGAAAAACAGUGCAAUGUUGCAGGAGAUUUAGAUGCAUCAGUGGAAGAUGUGUCUAAAUCCUCUUGACAGCCUCAACCCAAAUUUAAAAAAACACUGAUCCCGCUGCACUCAUGUUACCAACAGUAACUGAAACAGAAAGUAGUUGCAGAAAGUUGUGUUCUUGUUCCCUUCAUGCAUUUUGCUCAGCUUGGAGGGAGAAAUUAGGCAGGUUGGUGUCAGUGGGUUUCACUUCCUAGUUCUCCAGAACCAGCCCAGGGUUGCAGAGAGUGAGUUGCAAACACUGCAGGAGGAGGUGUAAAACCAGACUAGGUGGUGGUCAUGGACACUUUCAGGUUGAUCCAAUUGUUAAAUUCUGUGAAACACUUCAUUUAGGAAAAGGUAGCUCUUGGGCCUAGAUGACAAGACUGUCCCGCUGAAAAAUACAAACUGACGGCUUUGAUGUAAAUGAACCGGAAAAGAUUGUUUCAGAUGCCGCGUCUCUUAUCCCUGGAGCCUCAGCAGAGAUCCUGAAAUAAUCUCUGCUUGGUUUUUGAAGAACUUACGAUUCUAUGUGGGGGGCUGGGCAGAGAAAGUUUCUUGAACAUGAUUGUAUCCUGCUCCAUCUCAUCGGAGAGGAAAAUGCCUUCUGAUACCAUUGAAAACGGGGGCGGUGAGAGAGAAAAUGGGUGUGUUUGGUAAGCAGACUGAGAACUGCCUUUUGCUGAAAGAUGCUUUGUGACCCACUGACCUUGUCCAGAAAGAGACUGUGCGCCACAUGGACGGUGUCUGUUUCUAUGCAAGGAUAGGGUGCUGUCUCAUGCCAGUUCCUCCAGCGGGAUGCCCUGGGGAUUCCAAACAAGACUGAGUUUUUCCCCCUUGCAAAAAGACCUAUAUUUUUGUAUUUUCCUUUCUCUCAGCAUCCAUGGGCUUUGGACUGGUUUUUUACACUGUAAAUUCCUGGUUCUGGAGUAUUCGGUUUGGUUUUUGUACAUUUGUAAACAUGUGUAAAUACUUAUAUGGUGAGUGCCUGGAUGUACAUUUUAAAGCUAAAAGCAGCAAAGCAA